AUAUAAGUCAGUAUCUUCCUGGUUCUUUGUUUAACCAGCGCACUAGAGGCUACAGUAGCGUUGCGUGGGGGCAGCUCCAAUUUCAGACGGCGAUUCCUAGUCUACUGCUGUUGUAAUCCGAGUAAAGAAGUAACGAGCCAUGGCAUUGGUGGAAGAACAGAACACCGCCAUUCUCAGCGGAAAGAUCAAACGAUUCCAAGUGGACGUUCGUGUGGCGAUUCAAACGGCGCUGAGGGAAUGUGGCUGGCAGUCCCUGACUAAGGAGUUCAGUGUGGAGUCCUACACCCAGCUGGACAGGGAGGGGCUGGACCUGAUCGUGGACUGUGUGGACGAGGGAUUUCCCAACUUCAGGGAGGAUGUGCAGGCUCGAGUAAACGUGGCCAAGAGAAUGCACGCCACCGGGCGGGCAGAAGUGUACAAGGGUAGAAACCAGCACGGAUUCCACGAUAAGUUCUACCGGUACUACCUGUUUGUGCGCGCCAACACCAACGGUACAUACGACAUCUUCCUGGCCUACGUUUGCCGUAAGGAGGAGUUCGACUUCUUCUUGGCCGUCAAGAAGAGCAUCGCGGGAUCCAUGAACGUGAUCAGAAGCGUGCCGGAGAUCAUCUGGAAGAAGCUGGCAGGAGACUCCAAAGUCGCCCAGGCUAUCACAGAAGGGGUCAUAGGCGACGGCUCUCAGGCUGCCAGUGUUCCCACGUAUGGCGGGAUCCCAAACGACCUUGGCGACAAGCUGAUGGAGUUUGAGUUCGUGGAGAGUCUGAUCGAGCGGGGAACUCUGGUCCCUGAGGGCGAGGACGGGACCAAGUUCAAACUUGUCAUCUGCUAGAGACCAUGUCUAGUGCUAGUAUAUACAGUCCAGCGGCAAACCUGCGUAGUAGCCAGACUACUUCACGAUUCAAGAUAGCCACCUGUGUAGACUUUUCUAGCAACCUGUGUCUGUUUCUAGUACAUGUAUAAUUAUGAAUCGGGGGAGGGGGGCUGUAUCGGGGGGAUAGCUGUAUCAGCCAAUUAAAUCUAAAUAAUUCCAAGAACUUUCAGUCCUUUCACAAAACUUUUUGACAUCAAUCAUUCAAUGCGUGCGUAAUGCACGUGCUAUUUGUAACUCUAUUUAUGUUGAGACUCGGAAUGAAUGGCAUUUAUUGUAUUUCAUGACCCGAGACCAAAAUAAAACGUAAUUUAACGUAAAAAAAUAAGCAGGAAAUAAAGCUUUAUAAUUCUUGUAGUACAAACAGAGAGCAAUCUAAAAGAUGUUAGUAAUAUAAGUUAUAUGUUUCUGUACUGUUUGCUGGUGUAUAGACGCAUCUCUUUGUGACAUGGUAUAGAAUCUACGUUGACUUUUAUCGUUUAUCUUUUGAAUUACAAAGUGAGAAGUAUACGUGUAUUUGUCAAAGACCAAAAACAUUUUUUACAGAAAACAUGUCUUUUACAGAAAAUCUGUGCGCAAAAUCAUUGUAAGAUUUUCUCUGUGUGUACGAAACAUAUACAGAGGCUGAAAAGCAUGGUAUAAUAUCAGAUGACAGUGAAGAAAUGAAAGUUUUCAUGAAAUAUAAACAAACUUAAAAAU